AUGAUCUCGGGCAUAUUCCUGAUCAAUGCACAGGGGAAUGCUCUUGUCUCUCGGUUGUUCCGCGAUGACUUGAAAGCUGGAGUUUCGGACCUGUUUCGUAUCCACGUGGUGCAGAAUCCCAGCGUUGAUGCGCCGAUUGUGACGCUGGGCAAUAUGACUUUUAUGUGGGUCCGCCAUGCGGAUGUAUACGUGGUCGCUGCGACGGUAUCGAAUGCCAAUCCCACGCUCGUGUUCGAGUUUUUGUACAAAUUUCUACGUACUGCAGGCUCGUACUUGGGUGGGCACCUGUCCCAGGAGGCUGUGAAAAAGAACUUCAUGUUGCUCUAUGAGCUCCUAGAUGAGAUGAUGGACUUUGGAUACCCGCAAGACACGGAGCUGAACUCUCUCAAAAUGAUGAUCACCAGCGAGAUGGUACGAGGGGGUGGCGACGCGCCCCAUCCUGAGCGAACAUACCCUAUGCCGUCAUCCGUCGCAGCGCCGACAUGGCGGAAACGUGAUAUCAAGUACCGUAAGAACAAAUGCUUUAUCGAUGUAAUUGAGACACUGCAUCUGCUCAUCAGUGCGCAAGGCACUGUCCUUCGUGCAGACGUCGAUGGUCGUGUACAGAUGCGCAGCUACUUGUCAGGCAUGCCUGACUGCACCGUCGGCGUAAAUGCGAUUGUGGACGGGACCACAGCAUCAGGGCCGGCGCUUGUGCUGGACAAAUGCCAGUUUCAUCCAUGCGUCAAAAUCGGGCACGUCGGCCAGGAACAGUGCUUACGAUUCAUCCCUCCAGAUGGCGAAUUCGAGCUGAUGCGGUAUCGCGCGGUGAAGAACAUUCGUGUACCAUUGCUACUGGAUGUUGUCGUAGAAGAAACGGCUCAGCGCAUGGUCCGCUACAAUAUCCAGCUGCGCGCGAGUAUGGACCCGCAGUUGGUCGCCUCCGAUGUGGAGAUUCGAAUUCCCACGCCGCCGGCCUCAGUGCACGUCGAUUGUCACGCACAGAUUGGGCAAGCGAAGUGGGAGGGGCCUGAGGCGGGCAUGGUAUGGCGUAUUCCUCGCAUUCAAGGCAUGGUCGAAGUGUCCUUUCGUGCAGAAGUCAAGUGCCGUCCCACGCAGUCUUGGACGCGCCCACCGAUCGUGAUCAACUUUGACGUGCUGAUGCUCGCAGUGUCAGGGUUUCUCAUUCGAUAUUUGCAAGUGGUCGAACGAUCUAACUAUCGGCCUGUAAAAUGGGUUCGCUAUCAAACAAGGGCUGCACAUUCGUACCUAGUGCGAUUCUAG